GCGCCCUCUCUGCCGUUCCCCAAAGAAGAAAGAGUCUUGUUUACGUUUACACGUCAGAACCGAAAGAGCUUCUAGGUGGGGGUGAACAGAACUCCUCCAGAACCGAACCUGGUGCCGGUGGUGCGGGACCGGCUCUGGUGUUGUAGCUGUACAGGUGCCCACCAGUUUCUCGGUCACGCGCAGCUGCGCGCGCAGUCCAGGCCUUUUUGUUUUGCUAGCUAUGUCCGAGGCCUGGGGUUAACAGCAGUCCAUGAGCUAGGACGCUGCUAAUAGAGCUGGUGUGAACUUGCUGAAGAUGACUCUGGUGUUUGAUGGGAAGGAUUAGUCGCUGUUGGACCUGCUCGCUCGUUUAGGCCGACCUGAAACGUUUAAUCAGCGCUCCUGUCCGCCUUGAAAAUGUGGCUGAAGCUCUUCUUUCUGCUCCUGUACUUCAUGGUGCUGUUCUUGCUGGCCAGGUUUUUCGAGGCAGUGGUUUGGUAUGAGACUGGUAUGUUCGCCACGCAGCUGGUGGAUCCCGUCUCCCUGAGCUACAAGAAGCUGAAGACCAUCCUAGAGUGCAGAGGACUGGGAUACUCCGGACUGGCUGAGAAGAAGGAAGUCAGCAACCUGGUGGAGAAGUCAGGAGAGCUGACUCAUGGGGAGCUGUAUUCAGCCAUCAAGAAGGAGAAUGAGCAGACUGAGGCAGAGGACUCCAGUACCACGGUGUUCAGUGGGGAGAUCCAUUUCUACGAGCUGGUGGAGGACACUAAAGAUGGGAUCUGGCUGGUUCAGGUCAUAGCCCAGAACCAGGAGGCUCCACUCAGUCAGUCCAACUGGGGGAAGAUGGUUCAGAAAGUAACUCAGUUUGGUAUCAGGACUGGAACCUUUAACUGCUCCAGUGACAAUAGCUCGUGCAUGAAGCGGGGCUGGCAGCGCUCGACUCUCGUCAUGUCAGCGCCGCAGACUUCAGCAUCGAAGGGAAAGGUCAUGCUAAAAGAGUACACCCAUCAGUACGUUGAAAUUGAACGGAUCUUCCGCUGGAUGACGUCUCAUGUGGCCCAUCGGAUCAAAACCCUGCGACACUCUGAGCAGCUGAUGGAGGAGUGGCACUCUGACCCGGCUCGGUCCAUAAAGAUGUUCUUGUUUGCUCAUCUGGCCCAGCCUCCGGUUUUCUUCUCCUCACUGUCGGUCAAGUUCACCGGGAGGAUUGAGUUCAUAUUUGUGGAUGUUCGUCAGUGGGACAACCGCAGCAGCCUGUUGGACAUCGGAGUGACUCAAAGUCCAGCUUACAUUCUCAAAAUGCCUGAGGGCAUCUAUCGCUACGGCAACAGCACCGGGGAGUUCCUGUCCCUUGCUGCAAUGGACACUUUCCUGCGUUCAGUCCAGCCAGAAGUCAACGAUCUGUUUGUCCUCAGCCUGGUUCUGAUCAACCUGCUGUCCUGGAUGGACCUCUUCAUCACACAGGGCGCAACAGUUAAACGAUUUGUGGUCCUGAUCCGAACACUUGGAACCUACAACUCCAUACUGCUGGUGUCUUGGCUUCCUGUUCUGGCCCUCCUUCAGCUACCCUACCUGGACAUGCUGUAUGGGUUCAGUCUGAAGCUGCUACGUUAUGCUGACACCACCACCUUAGCAAGUUUGGUGCGAGCUGACUGGACCUUCUACUCGUCUCACCCAGCUCUCUUCCUGUCUACCUACCUGGCCCAUGGCCUGCUGGUCGACUACUUUGAGAAGAAACGCCGUUGUGGCACUCGGAACCAAGAGGACGGCUCCACUAACCUGGAGUGGCUGGCUAGUUUGUGGGACUGGUACACUUCUUGUCUUCUGCACCCAAUUGCGUCGUUGCAGCAGUUUCCAUCAGAUCAAUCAGACUGGGAGGAUGAUCCAAGCUUCUUAUUGGAGCGCCUAGCUUUUCCAGAUCUCUGGCUCCGUCCUUUGGUAAAUGUAGACUACAUAAAGGCUCUACCAACCUGGAGGCUCAGAGCAGAUGGAGUGUCAGGUGGGCUGCAGGACAUAGAAAAUGAUGGCUCGUGUUUAGAGCCAUUUGUUUCUUCUGAUUCAGGAGUCAGCGGACAUCCAGACGACCCCACCGUUGUCCACAGAGCAGCCAGCAGCAGCGUGGAUGCUGACAGGAGCUGUAGUGAUGGCAGCGCUGCUCCUGUGGACUCACCAUCAGCCAACAAGAUGCUGAAGGGCCCUCACCUCACAUCCCCGAGGCCCCCUACACAUCUGCAGUGUGAUUGGACACAGUGGCCCGCUAACAUGCUUCUGUGCUCCGAGUGUGUGGUGUGUCUGGAGAACUUCAUGGAGGAGGAGCUGCUGAUGGGUCUCCCCUGUGGCCACGCCUUCCAUCAACAGUGCAUUGUGGUCUGGUUAGCAGCAGGCCGGCACUGUUGUCCUGUCUGCCGCUGGCCCAGCUACAAGAAGAAAAGGGCCUCAGUUAGCAGCUUCCUGGCACCGCAGACCCAGAUGCAUCCUGGGACAGGAGAUUAGUCCAAAUGAAGCCAUUGCUCUUAUGAUUUUGGAUGCUUGUUCUAAACCUGAUAUGGGCACUGCAGUAAUAGUUUAUGUUUUAUGGAUCUGUGUCAUGAAGACCGCGGAGGCAACAACCAGAUUCUGUUGUACGAGUUCAAACAUGAAUAUCCUGCUUCUGGACUAAUAAUUAUAAUAAAGAGUCUGAACCUAACACAA